AUGCAGGAGCUCCCUCGUCGAACGGCGAAGAAAACUCGGCGGGAGGCAACUGUUGAGCCUCUCAACACCGCCUCAUCCACCGCGACGGCCACGAAAGAUGAGGAUGGCCACAGGAGUGGACUGGCUGAGGAUGACCUCUCAGGCGCGCUUCCGCAAAUCUCUGCAGCUGCUGCCUCGUCCUUCCGUGGGACGAGGCGCAACUCCACAUCGGGGUCCAUCGUUGAGUGCUGGAUCUGCUUCGACCCCACCAGCACCCCCUUGAACCCUAUCGUCACCCACCGAUGCCGCUGCCGCGGUUCUGUGGGAUAUGUGCAUCAAAAGUGCAUCGAUCGCUGGGUCAUUCAGCAGCGCAACCGCACCUGCCGCAGCUGCGGGGCGCCCUACCAGCUGGUGCACUCCGCAUAUCCCCCUGGUGCGAACCUUCCGCUGAGGCCGCACGAGCGUCGCGUGUUCCUUUUGAAGUUUUUGAUUAAGCCGCUCCUUCUCGAAUCCGCCGAGACGCUCUGCUGCGUGCUUCUGCGCUUUGUCGUUCUCCCGCUCCUGCUCGGACUUGUCUACAGUUUUCAUCGCUGGCCACUGCUGUGGUGGCCCAUGUCAACCUUUGCAGGGUCACCGGAGCGCAACUUGAGCUACACCGCCUCAACCGGCGUGCCCGGCAGCCAGGUGGUGCUGGAGAAUGAGGACGGCACGUACACCUUGACGGAGUCCUUCUUGGCGUGGGCCGACGCGAUUCUCUUUGGCCUCGUCCUGUGCACCGUGAUGAACGCGGUGGCUGUGGGUUGGGAGAAGUGGAACCACUACUUCCACGCUGCCCGGGAGCGACUCGCCCGCGAGACAGCGAGGCAUGCUGAGGAAGGGGAGUUGGCACAACCGGCAGCGAUGCCUCCGGUAGGCCCUCUCGACUUUCACGAGGAGAACGACGCGACGGAGGGAGUUGAGGAGCGGGCGGAGGCGACGGAGCAGGGAGUGAACAAUGAUUCUCCACCGGCGGCGCCGCCGCAUCAUGACGCAGCGUUACCAGACGGCUUUAUCGUUGAGGGGUGGAGACCGCAAUGGGGACCUCUGCCGGCAGCGGAGCAGGAGCGUCCGCUCCGCGAGGAUGCGCGUGACGCGCGUCAACCUGGGGUACGAGCAGAGGCGAGGGCGGCAGCAGGCGAGCAACACUCGGGCAGCGAUAGCGACAGCGAUAAUGGCGACUCAGACAGCGGCAGCGACACGCCCUACCGGCUUUCCUUCGUCGACGGGGUUUUUGACACGAUCGAUUGGGUGAAGUCAGGCGCCGGUGGCGGCGGCAUAAAGCGGCUCCUCCCUUCAUCGAUGCGGCAGCUCUGCUACGGCCUUGCACUGACGCUGCUGCUGCGCACAAUCUGGGGCAGGGUAGUCGUAGCGCUUGCCUUUGCUGGCUUCAUCGUGAGUUGGCGCUACCGCCACACGCGAAACGUCCUCACCACACAGAAGCGGCGCUUAUACGAGGUGGCGGAGCGCGUGCCGCUGCUGUCGCAGGAGGCAGUGAAGACACUCUUUGGGGUGUACCUCGUGGAUGCUUUUUUCUUUUACGGUGCGUUGCCCGAGCUGGGAGGGAUGAUGCUGCACUACGCCGUCGCCCCGUACAUGGAUGUCGGCUUUGAUCGCGGCUUCCUGGCCUUUUUUCACGGACUCACCGUGCUGAAAGUGACGCUCUACUGGGUGGUAGGCGCGGUGCUGGUGAUGCUGCUCACUGCGAUGGAGUUGACGGUUGUGGGCCCCUUGUUUGCCAACGGCGUCGAUUUGUUCUUUGUGCGCAGCUUCGAUGCCCGCUGGGACUCCGUCCUGGGGUACUGGCGCUGUGUCGUGACUCAGGUAUUCGACUCCGACCCUCCCCGCAUCGUUCGCGGCUUUCUCCGCGUGGCGGUUGUGGAGCUGUUGGUGCUGCUUGUCUUUGUGCGGGUGCCGUUUUGGGGAAUGCUCGGGUGCCGUGACUUGUUGUGGGGUGAUGGCACAGUUGCGCAGACGGGGCUUCCACUGAAAAUGUCUCUUUCACUGGGGGUGACGACCGGAUACGACAUCAGCGCAGACGCCAGCCUUGACGAGUGGCGCCGCACCGAGGUGCUGCGCGUUUUGGCGGAGCGGGUGCUGCUCCCUUUUGGUGCCAUGUACGCAGCCGGAGUACGGGAGCAACUGGGGCCAAUGUUUGAUUCAAUCCCUCUCGACACCAUCGACCUUCUGGAGGUGACUGCAGCGAGCUCCACUUCCGUGAAACCCGCCACGCGACAGCUGUGGGAGCAGGUCUGGGGCAACAUGUCAGAUCGCUCAGUGUUCCUUUUUCACCUCAUCGACCCUGACUCCGCCAAGAGGGUUGCAGCGGAGUCGGAGGGGUUUCGCCACACGCUGGAGCGCGUGCAGGAGCCGAUGGAGUGGCUACGGGUCGCAACAUCCGAAGAUGGCGUGUGCAACACGGUGAUGGUCUUGUCCUCCUCAGCCGAGUGGCUAGGGACGCCGGAGCGGCAGCCGCCCGUCGCAGAUUUAGAGGCCAUUGUGGCGCCGCCGUUCAGGGUUUCAGAGCAGCAGAGCACCUCAACCGCGCUUGCGCAUCAGAUGGUGCUCGACGCGUGGAGAAAUACGUACCAGGAGGCCAUGGGGCGCAUUGCCAGUGUCCUGCACCCCGAGGCGGUCCCGACGCCGCCGUCGUUGUACCCAGAGCACGACUCGGUGCAGGAGGAGCCUCACACCGUGAGCGCGAUCAAGUGCUACAUGGCCGCACUGCACUUGUCGUACCCUUACGUGAGCAUGGGCCGCUGGCGCGCCCUCGCGUACGAGUGGUGGUCACUGCUGCUGCUGCGCAACACAUUCGCGAACUACGUCGUCGACGUGCUCAAGUACGUGGCAGCCAUAUCAACAGUUUUCUCCUGCUUCGCCGUGUACCCACUCCAGCGAGCGCAGCUACGCAUUCUCUUUCCGGUGGUUCGCUGGAUUGGUCAGAGUGUCGUGCACAUGGAGCACUACCUGUUUGACCCAGAGCAGCUUCGCGCGGUGGAGGGGUUUGUGGAACAGGAGGGCGAGGACGAACUUGUGCUGCCUCCGAUGGUCGAACCGCUGGGGUUCGACCGGCGCGAGGAGUAUGUGGAGGAGGCCGCUAUCCCAUCCUACCUCCUGCUGCGUCGUGUGGUGGUGGCUGUUCUCUUCCUCGUUGUCGCGUCCUUCAUGGUUUGGAUCGUUCCCGUGCUGUGCGGCACUCUCCUCCUGUGCAUCACGAGGAACGCGCUACCGGUGCUUGUGGGGGCGGCCUCCUUGAGCUUCCUCUGCUGGAACCCAACUUUGUUCGCCCGCUCUGUCAUCCUCGGGACAGCCCUCACCAUCGCUAUUGUGUUCGUUGUGCCGAUCGUCGGCAUCAUCUACAUCGGACCGUUUGCGCAGCUGCUCUGGAGCAGCUACCCCACCCUGGUGGAGGAGACGUUUGAGCGGCAGUACGACGUGCACCAGAUGGUAGGACCUUACACGGGCUCCGUCACAGGCGGCAACGGCAACGCGGACGGCGACUCCGAUGACGACUGGGAAAGCGUCGACUCCCGCGACAUGGUUGACGGCGAUGCCGAGACCCCACACCAGGAUGGAGAAGCGGAGCCAAACAUCGGGGACGAGCCUCGCGGCGACGUGCAAGCCGUACCGGCUCACUAG